CAUGUUUUUAUGUUUCAGACGGUUGAUGACGAUGCAAUGGCAGCGUGAAUGAAGCUUGGCGUGGGGAGAGCUGAACGAUGCCCAAAGGUGGGGGUUCUAAAACCCCCCAGCUGGACCACUUCCCACUCAACACCGACAUGGUGGAAAAGCAGGGUGGGAAAAAGGAUAAGGUGUUGUCGAACAAGACACCCAAAUUGGAUCGCAGUGAUGGGGUCAAGGAGAUAAAAGAAAAGGCCCCUAAAAGGAAGCUGCCCUUUACUGCUGGAGCUAAUGGAGACCAGAAAGAUUCUGACUCGGAAAAACCAGGUCCAGAGCGUAAGCGCAUUAAAAAGGAGCCCACCAAUACUCGGAAGGCCGGCAUGCCGUUUGGAAUGGGUAUGCCAGGGAUCCGGGCGGGGUACCCCCUCUCUGAACGGCAGCAAGUGGCCUUGCUCAUGCAAAUGACAGCUGAGGAGUCGGUCAACAGUCCAGAUACAACACCAAAGCAUCAGUCUCAAUCCAGUCUGGGUCAGAAGGGGACACCAAACUCUGCAUCUAAAACCAAAGACAAAGUCAAUAAACGCAAUGAAAGAGGGGAGACUCGGCUGCACAGAGCAGCGAUUCGUGGAGAGGUACGCCGCAUCAAGGAGCUCAUCAGCGAGGGAGCUGAUGUGAAUGUAAAAGACUUUGCAGGCUGGACUGCAUUGCAUGAGGCGUGCAAUAGGGGGUACUAUGAUGUGGCCAAACAGCUGCUGGCAGCCGGGGCAGAGGUCAACACCAAGGGUCUGGAUGACGACACACCUUUACAUGAUGCAUCCAAUAAUGGACAUUUCAAGGUAGUAAAGCUGCUGUUACGUUAUGGCGCAGACCCACGACAAAGCAACAGAAGAGGUGAAACACCACUGAAGGUUGCCAACUCUCCAACGAUGCUAAAUUUGUUGCUGGGCAAAGGCACGUACACCUCCAGUGAAGAAAGUUUAUCAGAAUCUUCAGAGGAGGAAGAUGCCCCCUCAUUUGCUCCAUCAAGCUCUGUUGAUGGCAAUAACACAGACUCAGAGUUUGAGAAGGGCCUAAAGUUGAAAGGGAAACCCAUAGAGCCUCCCAAGUCUGCCGUCACUCCGGUCAAAGAUGAAUAUGAAUUUGAUGAGGAUGAUGAGGAGGAACGUGUCCCUCCUGUGGACGAUAAACACCUUUUGAAGAAAGACUUUCGCAAAGACCCAAUUACCAAGCCUAACAGCUUCAUCUCCAUACCCAAAAUGGAGGUCAAAACCUAUUCCAAAAGCAACUCACUCACACCAAAGAAAACUGUCAGACGGAUCAUUUCUGACAGUAACAGUUCCGACGAAGAUGACAGGACGUUGUGUUUCACACCAGCGCCUACGAUAAGGCAACAAGCACAGCAAACUAAGAUGAGAGACUCGAGCUUGAGCUCUAAACAACAGAAAGACAAGAAUAAAGUAAAAAAGAAAAGAAAGAAAGAAAGCAAAAAUAAUGUGAGUAAAGAGAUCCGGUUUGGUAAGGUUAAUGACAAGUUUUGUACCUCUGACUCUGACUGUGGGGAUUUGGAGAGUGAGGAUGACAAGGGCUUAAACAGUGUAAAGGACUCCUCAGCAGCAGGCCUGAAAGAAUCCGCUGGCUUAAAUGCAUCCUCUUCCCACAGUAACUUAAACGCUCAAAAACAAGCAGCAUCAUUAGCAGAACAGCAUCCAAAGCAGUGGAGGACAGAUGGAUGGAAGACUGUGUCGUCUCCUACGUGGUCAGAUGUCAGUUCUCUUUCAGGCUCCGUCAGAACUAGGCUGUCGAGUGAAUCUGACUAUUCCUCUGCAGAUUCCAGCAUUGAAUCAAUAAAACAAGUGAAGAGGAAGGCGCAGGAGGGCAAAAAGAAGAACAACAAUGUCCACAGUAACACAGUGGAAAAGAAGAAUUCAGAGGUCUACAAAAACUCCAGUGUAGACAGUGCUGUGUCCAAAACAGAUGUCGAUGGGAAAGUGCUGAAAAAACAUAAAGUAAAGCACAAGCACAAAAAUAAAGAAAAAGACAAAGCUCCCAGUUUAGUCCUGAAUCAGGACAUGAAUGAAAAAUUUGUCAAAAGUUAUUCUUUUGAUUUUGAUGAUUCUAGGCAGAAGUCUCUUAUUGUUGAGUCAGACACACCGGCGGAGGGCAAAAUCAAAUUAUCGAAACAUGAAAAAGACCAUUCAAAAAAGGAAGACAGGCUAUUAAAAAGCAAGUCUGAAGAUAAAGAUUGGUCAUCGGUGAAAGAUCUGCAUAGACCAGCAAAGGAAGAGAAAAAUAAGAAAGCAAAAGACUCAAACAAAGACAAGACAAACAAGGAGGAGAAGGACAAACCUGUCAAAUCCGAAAAAGAUAGAAAUGUUAAAGAUAAGGAGAGAACCAGGGAGGAAAAACAAAAGGUUCACAAAGAUGAAAAAAAGAAAAAGUCCAAGGAAAAGUCCUCCUCAAAAGCAGACCGGAAAUGUGAGCUAAAAGAGGAAAAGCAUAUCAAGGCUGACAAGGAGAAGAGCACCAAGGAGGAAAAAGAUAAAUCCAAAAAAGAAAAGACACAGAAAGACGACACUGAAUACGAAAGUUAUGAUGUCAACAACCGUUUUCUAAGCUUGGACGACACGAAGCUCAGUGUCUCGGAUGAUAAUCACGACAGAUGGGGCUCUGAGAUGUCAUCUGACUCCUCCCUUUAUUUAGACAGUUGGGAUUCUCCUAUCAAUGAGUACAAAGAAUACAAAGCCAACAACUCUGUUAAACUCAUUGUUGAGACUGUGAAGGAAGAGACGAAAAGAAAGGAGAACAAAGUUAAAGACAAGAAAUCUGACCACAGCGAGAAAAGAUCGGAGAAAGAAGCCUCUUCUAAAAAGAAAGAGAAAGACUCUUCCGAAAAAAUUAAUGAAAAGAAAAAAGACUGGUCAGAAAAACAAAAACAAAAUUCAAGUCACUCUCUAGAUCGAGAAAAAAAACGGAAAGAUUGCACCGACACGGGCAAAGACAAAAAGGACAAGGACACCUUAGACAGCAGUCGAGACCGCAAAGACUCGUAUGAGUCCGUCAAGGAAAGAAAAGACAUUAAAAUCAAACAGGAAUCGGUGCGAGAUGAGUACGGCAGCGAUGCUUUCUUCAAAGACAUUGAUGCUUGUAAAUCAUCGGAUAUCAGAGAGAGAAACCAAUCUGGGAAGGAGAAAGACAAGAAAGGAGAUGGAACAGAAAAGCGUGAGAAGACAAAAGCAGACAAGCACAAGGACAAAACGAAAGACAGGGCUGCUGAAGUCGAGAAAGAUAAAUGUGAGAAAAGCGCCACAGAAAAACCAACCAAGGAAAAGGACACAGACCGAGGCACCAAAGAGAAGAAGGAUGGAGUCAAAGACAAACACAAAGAAUCUCAUGGUAAAGAGAAAGACAGAAAGAUGUCGUUGGAAUCGAACAAGGAUAAAAAAGAAAAGGUCUCCCAAGACAAACACUCUGAAAGAGAGAAAGAUUUCCUGGAGACAAAGAAAGAGGAGAGGAAACCUGAGAAACUGCGUGAGAAGACAUGGUACAAGAUAGCAGACAUCUUCACUGAUGAAAGUGAUGAUGAUGACGAUGCCUACAGUGGUAGUGUUCUCAUGUCCGACUCUGUCAGAAAAGACUCCACACCGGAUCCAGAUGAGCUGGAUCACUUUCCUUCAGAGAAAAAUAGAAAGUCCUCUGCUGAUGUUAAACAUAACAUGGAAAAGGCAAAAGAGAAAGAACACAAAGAGAAGAAGAAAGAAAAGGCAAUAUUUGACACUGGUAAAGAGAGAAAAGGCACUCUGGAGAAACACAACAAAGACAAAAAGGAAUGUGUCGAUGCAAAACACAAGGAGAGAAAAGACAGAAUGUCAGUGGACUCAAACCAGGAGAAGAAAAACAAGCAGAAGCUUCUGGAAAAAAGGGACACAAGUGAAGAAAAGACAAAAAGCAAAUAUAAGGACAAGCUAGACCACUCGAAAGAAAGGAAACCUUCUAAGGGUAGUGGUGAGAAUGAAAAGUCACUUUUGGAAAAAUUAGAAGAGGAAGCCAUGAAUGACUAUAAAGAUGACUCCAAUGACAAAAACAGUGAAAUUUCCUCAGACAGUUUCACUGACAGGGGCCACGAGCCUGUCUUGGCAAGUUACUAUGAAUCCAUCACUCUAACAGAUGUGUCUGAAGAUAGAAGAGACUCCUUGUCCAUAACUACACCCCAGGACAAGUUCAGAGACAAGGAAAGACAUCGCCAUUCCUCUUCAUCUUCAUCCAAGAAAAGCCAUGACAAGGAGAAGGAAAAGGUCAAGAAAGAAAAGGGAGAGAAACGAGACAAGACAGAAGAGAUCAGGGAAACCUACGGCCGCAGAGAGAGCCUUCCUUUUGAGAAAGAAGCCAUGCCCCUCGAAGCUGACCCUUACACAUUUCCAUACACCGGUAAGGGAGAUGGCGAUGAUGACUUUGAUAAAACACUGGAGUUUGAGAAAGAAAUGUCCAAAAAGGACAAGUCGUCAAGUGUAAUCAGUGAUCGAACGAAGGACAAGAAGAAAAAAGAGAAACAUAAAGAAAAAAUAAAGGAGGAAAAGAACAAGUAUAUUGAUGGCUUUGGGUCGUUCAAACAAUCCAAAGAGGACCUGAAGUCAGGGCUGAAAGACAGCCCACAGAUCACUGUUCUGAAAGACAGGUCUAAGGAAGACAGUCCUAAACAUGAUAUGAAAAAGGACAGAAACCGGGACUUGAUAGACAAAGACAACAGGCAGGACCAGAAUAAAUUAAAGACGAAGGAUGAGAAUGAAAAGCUCCCUCAGUCCAAAGACGCAGCACGGAAAGAUAACCGUCCACGUGAAAAACUGUUGGUUGAUGAUGACUAUCAAAUGACCAGUUUUGGACAGAUGUUGAGUCUUAAAGACCAAGAGAUCGAGGAGCGCCACAAAAGACACAAGGAAAGGAUGAAGCAGAUGGAGAAGAUGAGACUCAAGUCUGGGGAUCAAAAACUUAAGGACAAAUCCAAGUCCACAGAUGAAGUGCGGAAAAAUCGUAGUGAGCUCUCUUCAAAGAAGUCCAACAAUUUAGAAUCUGGACUCAAAGAGAAAAAGCUCAAAGACGUAGGCCUUCCUGUUCAAAUGAUGUCCCCAGCAAGGAAGUUCCAGCCUUCAGACACUCAGAACUCAAAGGACUGGCUUGGUGGCCACCAAAUGAAGGAGCAUCUUCCUGCUUCUCCCAGGCCAGAUCAAAACAGACCGACUGGUGUUCCCACGCCUACGUCUGUGAUCUCCUGUCCGAGUUUUGAGGAAGUCAUGCAGACUCCACGUACUCCAUCCUGUAGUGCAGAGGAUUACCCUGACAUCAUGUUGGAUGGUUUGGACUGUCAAAACUCAUCUGCAAUGACCAUGUCAAUGAAUGCCUGCUCCCCGUCAUUCUUUGAAAGCAGGUACACCAACUCCCAGAGCUUCCAGGAAGGCACCUGCCCCACCCCUGCAAAGAACCUCCAGCUUCCAUUUGUCAGUCGUUCUGCCUCCUCGGACGUCUGUAGGCCUCUUGAGUUUAAGGCUGAGGCUGAUAAGUUUCUCCAACAGCAAACUGAUUCAGAGGUGGACUUUGACACAUCCAUUUCCAAACCUUUGGAGGACAAAUCGGCAACAGCAGACAGAUUAGAGUGCCUCUCAUCGAACUACUACUCCCCAAUUCAGAUGCUGUCACCUCGACGAGAGCCAGCUCAUCCAACACCUGAUGUGGCGGCACCAAUUUUAACAGGCGCUGAGGGUAACGAACACCUUCCCGGAAGUGUGUACAGUUUCUUGCCCAAACCCUCUACACCAGUUCACAGACCAGAUCCACAGGAGCCCUGCUUUGACAUCGCUGCACCACCGACACCAGCUCCAGCAGCUUUACCACCCCUGGACAUCGACGACAUCGCAGAGCCUCACCACAGUGAACCUAAUCUGGUUCUGUCAAAUCUUCCCUCUGUCACAGAAGAACAGGAACCAGAGCAGGAGCAUGAACAGGAAGAGGAGGAGGAAGAGGAGGAGGAGGAGGAAGAGGAGGAGGAGGAAGAGGUAGAAGGUGACCUAGGUGAGACUGGUGAAGCAGAGCACUGUGCGAUAGAGAAUCUUGAGCAAACAAGGGAGCCAUGUUCCUUCUCACCUCAGAUCGAGGACCCACUGAGAAAGAGCUGGCCCGUAGACUCUCCAGACAGACAGGAUGCAGAGAAUCAUCAGCUCUCGCCCACACACCCAGAUCCGAUCCAAGGAGAGAACUGUUAUGAUCACAGCAUGGGCUGGAACUCUGAUAUGGACAUCAAAUCUCCCCACAGGACAUACGGGGAAAUAGAAGCCGCUGUCUCUAAAAUAACUAGUCCUUACUCACACUCAGACACCGACAUGCAUCACUUGUCUGGACACCCCUCUGUCGCUUCACCAUACCAUAACUGGAACAGGUGGCACAAAGAAGACCCAGAGGAUCCAGAAGACUAUGAUGAGCAAAGGGAAGCUGUGGCUGACAUCCCAUCAUCUCCAGAGAGGCACGACAAUAUCAUGGACGGGGAACCCAACUAUUUAAACACCUCAUCCUCUUCAAAUAGGCUGGAGUCUUUCUUUCAGGACUGCAAACCAACCAUGGAAGAGAGUCAUCAGAUGGACACUGAGAUGAUGUGUGUAGAACCUGACAGUAGACAGACUGCACACACUUUCACCGCCACCACAGAGGGUCACAUAAGUCCAGAUGUGGGCCACGAGCCAUUGGUGCCCUGGGCAGACCCAUUCACAGAUGAUCUGGGAUCCUUUUCGUUGCCGGACCUCCCACUGACAGACGCAGAAAAGUAUGAAGAAGCAGAGCCCCGGGAUCCGGAUCCAGUUGACCACAACAAAAAUGUGCCAACUGGCCACAUCAGACACAGUCUCAGUGACAGAGAUGAGACAGACAUCAUAGAGGUGGACUUACCAGUGCUGGCUAAGACUUCUAGCUCUGCAGGAGACUUAGGUUUAGGAGAACCUACUGACCAGGAUUUAGUCAUCCCAUCACCACAUGUCAACUUCCAGCCAGACCUGGAACCUGAAGCUCAAACUGUGUCAGUUAGCAACCCUCUAUUCGUCACUCAACGACAGGACAGUAAAGUUUCCUACGGGGAACCUGAUGAGUUGGAGUCCAGUAUGUUGUAUUCCUCUGUGAAGUCUGACAUCAGUCAGCAACAUGACAUACAGAUGCAUCCCCUCCCUGCGUCAAUACAGUUGCGUACAGACGACUCUGUGACUGCUGUCAAGUCAGAGGUGAGACAGUUUUAGAUCCCUGACCCUGUCCCUGUCGCUGUCUCA